AUGUCAGCACCGACGCCUUCCGGAGCGAGCGGGGCUGCCGUGGCUAACAAGAACUCGCCCCACCUCCACUCCGUCGCCAGCAGUCUCCGGUCGUGCCUUGAUGGGAUGUUGCCGGACAACUUGCGCAACGAUGGCUUGUCUUUCCAGCAACAUUUACUCCAGCAAAAAAGCCGAUUGCAGACGGAAAAGAACUCGUGGCGGUUCGGACUCAACUAUUUAUUUGAGACGCUCAAGCAACAUAAGGACUGGUACGCGCGCAACCAGCAGUUUGUCCAGCUGCGCAAAGAUGUGCGACGCUUCGAGACCCACGUGGCGACUGUGCGGACUAUUCUGGCUGAGAGUGUCAGUAAACUGGACCUGGAAGCGGGACUGCGAGGGGCCGAGCUGGAGGGACGCGUUGGAGCUUACAAGAUCAUGUUUGAGGUCACUAAGAUCGUGUCAAACCUCAGUCGUCCACUGGUUAAGCUGCAGAUCCUCAAACCCAACGAGUCGUCAUUGUCUAUCUACUGUGACACCUUUGUACUGGAUAUUGUGCUGUCUGGUGGAGAGGGUGCCGUCGAAACGGCGUCGCUGACAACUGUCGAGAAAGACCAAUCCAGCCAGUUUCCGGAUAGGGAUGAAGACCUGCUGGCGUCGCUGAAGCUACUGGCUCAUGGCGAUAGUGCAAGCUUCACGGAAAAGCUGAACCGGUUGAUCAAUCGCGCUGAACUAGCGGUGAAGUUUCCAUCGAUGAGUUUCGAGCAGCUCGAGCUUGAACUUUUUACUAAGGCCACUGAGGCGUGCAACCACCAGCAAUAUUGGACAGUCAAGCGCGCAGUGGAGGGCGUGCGACUUUUGUUCAAAGACCCGUUCGCAUGCCUUCCUGUGGUUGAACCUCCACGCAAACGCAUAAAGACUGACGACGAUACUCGGACGGGUGUUGCAUCUAGUGCUGCAAAUGCGGCAGCCGUUGACAGAAAUGACAGACCUGAUGAUAUUCCACUCGUCAUGGCUGGCCAACAGGCUCGGAAACUGGCGCUCGUGAUAAUGCGCAAACAUGUUGAUGUGGCUGCGACAGCACCGAAAGACGUGCAUGAAGACGAACGGCUUUUUAACGAGUUCGUAAGCUGGACGACUCCUGACGGCAAGAAGCCAGUUUCCCCUCGGCUGCAUUUUGCGCGAGACCACAGCAUGUGUUCAGUGUUUCCCUCACGGUCCUCGUUAGCGAUGCGUCAAGAAUACACCCUGACGACAAAAGAGAUAUCCGGUGGUCUCAAUCUGCAUUCAUUCCCGAUCCCGUUGGUGAACGCCUCAAUGGAUACGCUGGCCAACGUGUUUCAGAUAUGUGGACGAAGCUUAUUGUUCCACGCACUCUUGCUAUCUGCUUUCGGCUCCAGAUGUAACGUAUUCGGCCAACGCAUCUCGGCAGAAAACGACGAUGCGGUGAACGCUCAUAUCAAAGUGGACGUUGCAGCAGCAGAGCGUAUUACAAUGAACACUGGAGAUCUUUUGGGUGCGGGCAGGCAAGUGCUAAUCGAGCUGAACACGCAACCAGAUUGCUCGUUGGAACUCAGCGUGAAGUACCAGACGGAGAUAACGCCUGCGCUUCCUCUAGAAAACGCUGCUACCCUGCAAAAGUUGGUGGAUGUAUGCCAUUCGAUCCCCUUGCUCACAUAUUACGCAUUGAAGCGUACGGUCCAAGCUAAAAGUGGCCUGUCUUCUGCUGAUGCCGCGGGCGCUAAUGAGGACGACUGCGACGGUAUUGCAGCGCUGGAUGGUGACUUAUCAGUCUCUAUGAAGAUGGAGGGAGAGGGUAUGCUGCUGGAUGAGAUGGAUAUGUUUUAG